ACCGGCGGCGCCGCGGGCAGUCCCGGGGCAGCCGGUGGUUGUGAGGGGCGGUGGGAGCGGGACGGGAGAGCGGCCGGUGACAGCGGAGCCCUGAGGAUGCCGGGCCGGGUCCCGGGAAGCUGCGGGGCCCCGGGGAUGCGGGGCCGGGUCCCGGCCCUGCUCGGCCUGGCCCUGGCCUUGGCGUCGCUGCUGCCCGCGGCCGGAGCGCGCCGGAGCCAGGACCUGCACUGCGGAGCCUGCCGGGCGCUGGUGGAUGAGCUGGAGUGGGAGAUCGCCCAGGUGGACCCCAGGAAAACCAUCCAGAUGGGCUCGUUCCGCAUCAACCCCGACGGCAGCCAGUCCGUGGUGGAGGUGCCGUACGCCCGUUCCGAGGCGCACCUGACGGAGCUGCUGGAGCGCGUGUGCGAGAAGAUGAAGGAGUACGGCGAGCGGCUGGACCCGGCCACGCAGCGCAAGAGCUACGUGCGCGUCAUCUCCCGCGACGGCGCCAAGAUGGACCUGUCCGGCCUCAGGUUCGACGGGGACGUCACCUCCAGCCUGAAAUUCGCGUGCGAGAGCAUCGCCGAGGAGUACGAGGACGAGCUCAUCGAGUUCCUGUCGCACGAGGCUGAGAACGUCAAGGACCGGCUGUGCAGCAAGAGGACGGACCUGUGUGACCACGCGCUCCACAUCCCACACGACGAGCUGUGACUGCCUCGGGAGCGGGGACCGGGACGGCACCGGGACGGCACCGGGACCCACGGGGAUGUCCCCAGGACCCACGGGGACAUCCCUGGGACCCACCGGGACGUCCCCAGAAUCCACCAGGACAUCCCCGGGACC